UGACGAGAGCAAGCCAUGUGCAAAACAAAGUUGUUCAUUGCUGAUAACCAUGCAACCUGAUGAACCACAGGUCACUCCGCUUAAGUCUCGCAGAGGUGCUCAGCUUCUCUAGUCUCACCAGGACACUCAUCCAAAGGACAGCAUCACCCCUUUCAAGCUUUCUGCUCAUUCCGCUCCUCCGCGUGCAGUGAUGUUUUUUCUGCUUAUCACAGUGUCGUGUUCACUCGUGGUGCAUGAUGCUGAGGCAUGGAGCGCCAGUGUGAAGUACGCGGUGAACUGCCCCGACAGAUGCACGGCGGAGCGGUGUGGCGGGACGCAGCGGUGCUCUCGGACGGUCCUGGAUGACUGCGGCUGUUGCCAGGUCUGUGCAGCCGGCAGAGGGGAGCACUGCUACCGCACAGUGUCGGGGAUGCACGGAGUGAAGUGCGGACCAGGAUUAUUCUGCGAGUUCUACAAGGAUGAAGACGACUAUGGAGACGAAUAUGGAAUUUGCAAAGAUUGUCCCUAUGGAACCUAUGGGGUUGAGUGCCGUAAGACCUGCAACUGCAAGGGAGGCAUAUGUGACAGAGAGACCGGAGCUUGUCUCACCCUCACCUUCUUUGCCAAAAUCGCCAGCAAGCUUAAGAAUGAACCACAAGCAGGGACUGAGGUGGGCUCGGGAGAAGUGAACGCUGUGCAGAACACAGAUCAGAACACAAACAGAUCCACUGCUCCAAAGCGGCUCAACCCUCGCUGACAAGUGCUGACAAGACUGAAUCUAUUCAGUGUAAAUGUAGCAUUAACUUAUAAAUGAACUGAAAGAUAUAUUUUAUUAGAAUACGUCAGAUAACAAAUUUUAAAAAAAGAAAGAAAGAAAGAAAGAAAAAACACUUUGUUACAGCUUUUAGAGUUUUUAGUUGGUUUGCUUGGUUUUUGUUUGACACCAUUAUCUUUUCUAAUGAAAUAUGCAGACUAUGUUAUUCUUUCCAGAUCUUUCUUUGUUCCUCAAUAAAUUAAUGAAAAUGA